AUGUCCUCGACGUUGUCUAAUACAAUCUGGUCAAAUUUUCAUUCUCAACAAGUUAUCAACAAUAAUAACACAUUCAUUCCACAUCCAUCAACUAUCACUCAUCGAAUCAUUUUUCUUCUAUCGACUGUUGUUCUAUUCUGGACCUGCUUCGUUAUAGUUUAUUUUCUCAGUCGUGUCAUUGUUCGAUUAAUUUCAUUGUUAAAACGUUAUUACUUCAAUCGAUCGCUGACUUCAACGAAAAACGUUUGUCAAGCAUUCGUUAUUUCGUCGAAUCAAUACGGAUCAUUUCAAACCAAACAUACAUUACAUCGUACGGAUAGUUUCUUCUCAAAUAACUAUCUGGUAGUCGCUCACGAACCCAUGCCAAACAGAUCGAACUAUGACACAAUUAAGCUAACGAUGAAUCAAUAUUCGAAUAUGCUCGAAAAUCGGCAAUAUCAACAGUCGAGAGCAAAUCUAUUAGAGCAUUACCUGAAGACUUACAAUCCAUUGCAAAUCGAUCUGAGUAAUUCAAGUCAAGAAACGAUUACAACAUCGGAGAUUAGGAUUACGGCUGCUGAAGAGAUACCGAGUGAAACGGAUACUCAACCGUUAGAUAAUUGUUAUUCACUUCAAUGUGCAAAUAAACAACGAUUACAUCGUAAAGGACGCUACGUUCGAUUGAAAGAAUCGGAACAUUCCGCAACAUUGGCAAGUGUUGCCGAAGAUCAUCUUUCAGAAUGCAGUACGAAAUUAACAACGACGACGCUACCGAUUGUCAUGGUAACAGAUUGUUCUGAUAGUCAACGACUUCAUACGGAUAUAAUCGAAUUGAAUGAGGAAGAAUAA